AUGGUUUUAGGAUCAAAUCAAGUUAUUGAAAAUGUUCUUACACAUCAGCAUAGCUCAAGUAAUGAUGCCGAGCCACGUGAGGUUGGUGAUGUUGCCCGACAACCUAGGAAGAAAAAGGGCAAUUCUAAAUCGAUCAAUACAACAACGAGUGAAUCAAUUAAUGGAACCAAUAAAAGAACAUCUAUAGCUUAUUCGAAUGUUUGGAAAUAUGCAGUUCGUGAUAGUAAUCCAAAUUUUGCCAUAUGUUCUUUGUGCAAGGAACACAGACGAAUAUCAACAAACAAUGGAUCUACUUCAACUUUAAGAAAGCAUUUAAUAAUAAAGCACAAUUUAAAAGAAUUAACUUUAUCAACUGGUAAAAUCUCAAAUGUAAGAGAUCAAAUAGAUCCUAUUCGAAAGCAACAGUUGCGCAAACUUGCUAUUGAUUGUAUUAUACGUGAUUCCAGAACAUUCAACGAUUUUCAAAAAUCUGGUAUUAAACGUUUACUGCAUGAGCUUGUACCAGCACUGAGUCACUCAUUGAUCACAACCCGCAAAUUUCAGACUUAA